AACCUGCACACCACAACAUAACAGAUUAUAAUGGAUGAUUAUUUUGAAGAGAUACAGAUUGGCCCUUUGAGACCAUCUAACAUGCCUGUGUGGUUUUUUGUUCCUUUCCUCUUCUCUCGUUCAUAAAACAUAUUGUUUUCCAUUUUAAAACCACUCCUCUACGAUCACAGUCGCAAGGUUUGUGCGUCAGCUUAGAUCAGGGUUCCUAUGGCUCUCAAAUUUCAGAUCUUGCAAGCAGAUUCAAUCAUUAAAGGAUGACAGAGACACCCUUUGUUCCCAGAGAGAGGCUUUUUAAACAGCAGCAAUAUUUCCAGAGCAUUCAUAGACAUACAUACUUGAAAGGGCGUUAUGACAAGAUCACCUCAGUAGCUAUACCCCUUGCACUGGCCGUCUCCACUGGAUUUCUCAUUCUGCGAGGUUGCUAUGACAUGGCUCUUGGUAUCGGGAAGAAGGCUUGAGAAGAAAUUCUAUUUUUUGUCCAGUAAAUUGUAUGGGGUGAUGCACCCCACUAUUGAAGAUUCAAAAUUCAACUUUGGUACUUGUUCUUGAUAUUUUAGGUUGUUAUUUCCAAUAAUUUUGUUAUAUGCGCUUAUAGAAGAGAUGUGGUUAAUCUCUUCUUUCUUUGACUUUCAAAAGUAAAUACAUUGUUUCUUUAUACGAUU